GAACAGUUGGCAGUCUAACCAAAAUGAGAGUUUCGCAAUGUGGAUUUCACUUGGGUGUAAUUUUUGCCUUACUGGUCGGAAUUACUGGCUUUUCGAUGGAGGACAAGUGCAAGUUGUGGGCUGGAACUGGCUAUAUUGGCGAUCCCAGUGACUGCCAGGCCUGGGGAUUUUGCCAGGACAACAAACUCAUCGAGAGGCGUAGCUGCACCGAAGGAUUACUGUACAAUUUCCGAGAUGGCACCUGCACGAAGGCAUCGGCUGCGAUUUGUCAGCCGCAGAUCUCGGAAAUUUGCGCCUGCCUACAGCCAUGGAAUUACGUAGCCAAUCCGGUUGAUUGCCGGAGAUUCGUCAAGUGUGAGGAUUUCGAGUAUCCCACUUGGGAGGACUGUGGUGUGGGCCAGGUGUUCAGCAAUCAGCAGCAGACCUGCCUCGAGGAGGUGGCCGGCUGUCCGCAGGAUAAUAUCUGCUCCCAUAUGAAAGAUGGCUCUUUUGUGGGCGAUCCCAAUAGCUGUCACAGCUACUUUAAAUGCCAUAAUGGAUUUGGCAUCCAGUUGAAUUGCUCCGUUGGCCGAUACUUUAACCGAAAAUCGGGUAAUUGCCAAUCCUGGGUGCCGCAUUACUGCUCCAAGGAAGAUGAGAUCUUGUUAACGCCACCCGCCACAAACUAUCAUAUCUGCUCCACGUACUAUCCAAGGGAUAGAGAUGGAGUGCAGCGCCUGCCGGAUCUGAUGACCUGUCACGGCUACUACGCCUGCACCUCCCAGUUCGACGUGGGCCAGUGGAGCAGCUGUCCUUGGGGACAGAACUUCGAGUGGUGGAGCCAGCGGUGUGGCUCGCCCAAGGACAAUAGCUGCUCCUACGAUCGCUGCGGCAAUAGGAACCAAUCAAUGGUGACCACCAUCAAUACGGGCUGCAGGGAGUUCACGAUCUGCCAGGAUGGUAGUUCGAAUAGCUCGCAAAUGUGUCCGCAGGACUAUCCAUAUUUCAAUGAGAUCCUGCAACAGUGCACAGAUGAAUUUCCCAAUCACAGGGUGUGCUACAUGGAUGGGUAGAAUCCUUAAAACU